AUGGCCACUACAACAAAUGGAGCCGGGGCCCCUCCGCCCCCUCCGCCCCUUGCUCCUCACAAGAGACCGGGCAGUAGCAUGUCGAUAUCAUCAAUGUUGGGCACAGAACCCGAAAGAGCCGUACACGAAGUAUACCCGCCGCGCAGCCAGCCCUCGCGCACAUCUUCCCGGCAGCCCUCCAUGUCAGGCCCGUCGAUGUCGCUCGGUGCACUCAUGUCACCUCCUCAGUACCCAUCCAAACCGACCGGCAGCGAGUACCCAUGGAAACCCAGAUCAACGACCCCAGACCGGAUUGCAGCCCCCGUUUUGGGCCCGAGACAGCAUCGUUCAAAUUCCGGCACUAUGGCACAGCACCCGGGGUCUUUCUACGAACCUGUACCAAGAUCAAGCACGGGCGCUUAUCCCGAACCGAGAUAUACUCCCCCAUUCGGCCCGACGGCGGUGCCCAAGGAUGAAUUUGAAGAUCGUGCUCGUCGCACAAGCAUCAGUGGUAUCCUGCAGAGUCUCCAACAAAGACCAGACAGUCAACCUCAACCAAGUACCGUCAUAACGACGUUCCCGCCGGCUACCAACCCGCAUAUUCGUCCGGAAAGCAUUCCGCCGGCCUUGGGACACAACGACAGAGCGGCUCAGCCGCUCCACGCUGAGCCUGAACAUCUACGUCCGAAUGGCUUGGCUGGUUCGUACGAUACUCGUCCUCCGGCCCAACCUGCUCUACCCCGUUUCUCACAAAACGUGCCAGCGCAGCAGCCGGGACCCAGUAUAUCAGAUCGACCGGUACCACAAUCCCUGUCACCAGAAAUGCGGCGUCCACAGUCGCAGGUCAACGAGAGUCGGGGUCUGGCCGGCCUCUUGAAUCAGCAACUCGAUUCCGGCUUUGGCGCACAGAGUAUGAUGCGGCAAGAUUCUGUUCAAUCUCAGAGCGAGCGAUCAAUCUUUGGUGAUCGACUGCGUAACCGCCCUUACUCGCCUUUCGCAGGCUCCGUCGCCUCACAAACAGGGCCGUUGGAUGAUCAACUCCGCAAAGGCAGCGACGAGAUGUCUCAGCAUAGAACGGUUCUAGGCCUCGCGAAUGAGUCAAAACGGGGCAGAUACUCACCUGUUCCUCAAGCAGUACAAGGCGCCCAGGCGCAAACACCCCAGCCCGACGCAGGCAUUAAGGCGGAGCAUGGUCGAGUCUUUUCUGGAAUUGGCAGCGGACUAGGUUCGACCUCUGCUGCACAAACCCCGACUCCUCAGCCUCUGUCUGCUAGUCCAUUCAAACGGGACGAAGCUGGGAAUCGGCUGAGCGAAGAAAAUCUAAUGAAGAUGUCGCGCAGUGCCUCUGGAAUCAGCAAGCGAAAUCGUAAAGCUCUCGAUGAAGAUGCCCGAGCUGAGAGUGACAUGGGCGAGGCCAAGAAGACCGGCCCUGGUCGAGGCAAGAGGAGCAAGCAUCACCAUUCUUAUAAAAUGGACUUGGAAGACUCUACCCCAGGAGCCGGGAAGAACACUGCUAGCCAACUUCGCCGUGCUCCUACUCCCACAUCCAACCCUUCACAACCGCAGCAUCAUCACCACCAUCUGCAGCGCCAGCCUCGGACCGCCGAAAACACUCCGAGCUUUAGGCCCAGAAAGAUCAUCAGGAUAUCUUCCGUUGUAGCACUUGCGCGGCGAAACCCACGACGCCAUCUCGGAUUCUUCACGUACGAUCCUGAAGUCGGGCCUGUGGAUCUGAACAAACCCGGCAACCCAAAGUUUGAUGUUGCGGUACGGCCGAAUCUUCUUCCUUCCUUUACUGAGGCGGAACACAUCAAUUGUACAUACACAGUUCGUGUACCCAGGAUCUGGCUCCGACGGCGUGAAAGGGGUUUGAUCUGCCAAGAACGGUACCUCUGGGGAUCUGGCAUUUACACCGACGAUUCAGAUCCUGUUGCUGCAGCAAUGCAUGCUGGAUUCAUUACUUCUGUGCUCCCCCCAGGCAUUGAUGAAGCCCUGUUGCAGCGAGUCAUUGAAGAGCAGAACCCAAGGAUCGAAGGUGGCACGGCCCCGGAAAAACCGAUGGCCGUGGAUGAGAACAAAGAUCUACACAUCACACUACUCGUGCUUCCACAAUUGGAGUGUUAUGUCGACAGUGUGCGGUUUGGAAUCAAAUCCAGGCGCUGGCCAGACGAACCGGAGUCUCCACCAUCCGCCACCACUAGCUCAGGAUCCCCCAGCUCCAACAAAACUCCUCAUGAUGGCGUGAGUUUCAUGGUUCUUAAAACCGAGUUUGUUGACGAUGGCGUGGAAGUGAAGCGAGUGGGACGCACUGGUAAGGAGAAAAGGAAAAGGUUGUACCGAGAGUUGAUGGAGCGCAAACGGGGCUUUGAGCUGGAGAAGCAGAAGAUCGAGAUGGCGGCGGAAAAGGCCCGGAUGCGCAAGGAAGUCCUAAAGCGAGAAGGGAAGGCUGGAAAUAAAGGGUUGAGUAUCGCAACGUCCGAUGCAUCGGAGGGUUCAUCAGACAUGCAUCACAGGACCAAUGUUCAACGGCAGUCAGAAAAGCCUGGUGGCAGCAAGGAAGAUAUGAUGAAGCUUGACGUCGGCCAGAGUCCGGGCGAUUGGAUACGACAGCUUGCUGUUGCCGCCGCCUGA